CCUCGGCAGACGGUCCCAAGGUCAGGUUACGGCAGAAACGCCAAACCCGGAAGUGCGAGUUUAGUCACCGGUCUUGUUUCACGGCAGACUGUCUUUAGUUUGAGUGCGGCGGUUACUACGGCUAACAGGCUAACUGCCUAAUGCCGGGCCCUGGGCGGUGCUGUGUGUCUGCGCUGAGAAAAACACGGCGCUAAACAAUGUCAGACAAAGCCAAACUGGGCUCCGCUUGACAACUAAAAUAUGUAUGGGUCUUUAUUUUAAUUUUCACGAGUGACUUAUUGAUUGCGCCGUCCUUCAGGCUAAGAGCCGCACCGAGGUGUCCGUGUCCACGUCGCCCGAAAUCCCUCGCCGCGGCUCCCUUAGUAGCUAACGAGCACUCGGUACUGUGUUGGAAAGGAAGGGUUACGCCAUGAAGCUGGCUUGAGGUCAAUCAUGGGUGGGAGUGUCCUGAAACGGCAGCCAGCUGUCCCGAGGAGAUCGUUGGAUCGGCUGUUUCCUGCUCUAUGCUACGUCACUGUCCCCUGUUCAGGCACAGGUAUGUGGUGAGCACGGAGCUGGACUGCAAUGAGCUCGGCAUACUUUUCUCCGUUCAGCUGAAGGGGGCCAGGCAACAGUUUUUCUAUGACAGGUAGCCUCUGAGAAAGGAUGGAUCCUCUGACCCCAGCCCUCCAGAAAGGGCCUUUGCCCCCCGUACCGUUGAGGACUGCCAGCAAACUCCCCAGUGCAGAAGCCCCCCUCACCAAGACUGUCGAUGGGCUGCAUGUGGCCCAGGACAAUAACACAGCAGGAAUCAAGUUUUCCUCAGAUGGUCCAGGACUGACCCUUGCUGUUCUCGGCUUUGAAGACCAUUUCAACCAUGCAGUGAAGGUGGAGGAGAGCAGAAACCAGCAGAACCGCAGCGCUGCUCCUCGGGAACCUCCUCCACUCCCUCCACUGCCCCCCGGCAAAGGCUCCUGCAAUCCCCCCUCCACAGGAGCUGGGGGACUCCUCAAAGACCGGCCGUCGGCGAUGCAGGGCAGGAACGGCGUCCCCGCCAUCAAAGAUCAGAGGCCGCCUAACUGGAAUUAUAGCCCCACCUCCAACACUGUGCGGCAGGCCAUGUUCUCCAACCAGGCCGUCCAGAGGGAGGGUCUCAUCAAGCACCUCCUCACAAAGAAGGAGAAUGACUAUGUCGACAUACAGAACUUCCGAUUCUUCGUGGGGACGUGGAAUGUGAACGGCCAGUCGCCGGACAGCGGCCUGGAGCCGUGGCUGUGCUGUGAUGCCGAGCCGCCAGAUGUGUAUGCUGUGGGUUUCCAGGAGCUCGACUUGAGCACAGAAGCCUUCUUCUACCUGGACUCGGCCCGAGAGCAGCAGUGGAUGGAAGCCGUGGAGCGGAGCCUGCACUCCAAGGCCAAGUACAAGCAGAUCCGUCUGGUCCGGCUAGUGGGCAUGAUGCUGCUGGUGUACGUCAAGAAGGAGCACAGGAACUACAUCAGAGAUGUGGCGGCAGAGACCGUGGGUACGGGAAUCAUGAGCAAAAUGGGCAACAAAGGAGGUGUGGCUGUGCGCUUCGUGUUCCACAACACCAGCUUCUGCUUCGUCAAUUCCCACCUGGCGGCGCACGUGGAGGACUUUGAGCGACGCAAUCAGGACUACAAGGACAUCUGUGCGCGCAUGAGCUUCCACCUACCAGACUGCCCCCCGCUCAGCAUCGUCAAGCACGACGUAGUAAUCUGGCUAGGAGACCUGAACUACCGUCUGUGUAUAUACGAUGCAUCUGAAGUCAAGAACCACAUCUUCCAGAAGGAACUGAAGAAACUUCAGGAAUUUGACCAGCUCAACAUCCAGAGGCAGACGCGGAGAGCGUUCACCGAUUUCAUAGAGGGAGAGAUCAGUUUCAAACCAACCUACAAAUACGACCCUAAAACAGAUCGAUGGGACUCAAGCGGAAAGUGCCGGGUCCCAGCCUGGUGCGACCGCAUCCUAUGGAGGGGCAGCAGCGUGAAGCAGCUGCACUACCGCAGCCACAUGGAGCUGCAGACCAGCGACCACAAGCCCGUCAGCUCGCUCUUCAGCGUAGGGGUGAAGGUGGUGAACGAGCAGCGCUACAAGAAGGUCUUCGAGGAGAUUGUCCGCACGAUGGACAAGAUGGAGAAUGACUUCCUGCCGUCCUUAUCGCUCUCUCGGAGGGAGUUCGCCUUUGAGAACGUGAAGUUCAGGCAGCUUCAGCGCCAGCGCUUUGUGGUCACCAACGACGGGCAGGUCCCCUGCCACUUUGCCUUCAUCCCCAAGCUCAACGACUCCCAGUACUGCAAAGCCUGGUUGCGGGCUGAACCCUGCGAUGGCUUCCUGGAGCCCUACGAGAAUCUAGAGAUCAACCUGGAGGUGUACGUCAGCAAGGACUCCGUCACCCUCCUGAAUUCUGGAGAGGACGCCAUUGAGGACAUUCUGGUGCUGCACUUGGAUCGGGGCAAAGACUACUUCAUCACCAUUUCCGGGAACUACCUGCCCAGCUGCUUCGGAACCUCUCUGGAGGCACUGUGCCGCAUGAAGAAGCCCAUCCGUGAGAUCCCUGUCAGCAAGCUCAUCGACCUGGGAGAAGACAGCUUCUCAGAGAAGGAGAGGACCAGGAUGAACUCCCUCCUGGUAGACCCCGGUGGGUCCGAGGAUAGGCCCCUGAAGAUCCCCAAGGAGGUGUGGCUGCUGGUGGACCACCUGUUCACUAAGUCCUGCAACCAGGAGGACCUCUUCCAGACGCCUGGUAUGCAGGGCGAGCUUCAGAAUAUCAUUGACUGCCUGGACACCAGCAUUCCUGAAACCAUCCCCGGCAGUAACCACUCUGUGGCCGAGGCCUUGCUGAUCUACUUGGAGGCCCUGCCGGAGCCCGUGGUCUGUUACGAGCUCUACCAGCGCUGCCUGGAAUGCUCUCACGACAUCCGUCUCUGCAAACAGCUGAUUUCACAGCUGCCUCGCGCGCACCGUAACAUGUUCCGGUACCUCAUGGCCUUCCUGCGGGAGCUGCUCCGCUGCUCCCAUAGCAACAACCUCACAGCCAGCCUCGUAGCAACACUCUUCGCCAGCCUUCUUAUACGGCCCCCGCCGAAUUUCGUGAGCAGGCAGACAUCACAGGACCGCCAGAAAGCCAUCAACUUCAUCCUGACCUUCCUCAUGGGUGGCGAUGAAGAGUGAGGGCUCCCUGGGCGGGGCUCUGAGGUCCCUCCCACUUCUCCAGCGGUCAGGACUCCCUCAACUCCACGGAGGGUCAGAUGUCCUACUGGUACUUACAACAACGCUCUAGGAAACAUUCACAUCAUAUGGAUUUUCUGUGCCAAAAAGAAAAACUUUAUCAUUUGGCCUGGAUGUGUGAAUGUGCCCUUCAUCGAUGAUGAUGAUGAUUACUAUUAUUAUUAUUAUUAUUAUGAUAAUGAUAGUCAUUUGUUGAAGCACUAGUGAUGAAUGACACUAACGACUAUGUAUAGGGCACUGGUAAGACUUUUUAUACUCAUGUAAUGCAUAAACUCAGAAUUCCUCAUGUAUGGACAUCAAUGUCGAAUCACAUAUCGAACUGCUUACUGAGGUCCAUUUGAGGUGAACCAGACAAUCCUAAGUCAUGUAAUGAGUGAAGAUCAUCAGCGGAUGCUGGGAUUCUACUUGCCGUUACUUCUCCCUUCUCCUCAAGGGGAUGUCAUAUUUCACUCCUAUCUGUAGCAUCUUUGUUGCUCUUCUUGCAAUGAGAGGAGCAGUUCACCCUUUCAACUUAGUUUUUAACAAGCCAGUUUUAAGAGUAUAUUUAUUUUGAUUUGCUUUGUGCGUGUUGGUGUAACACAUACCCCUUCAUGUUUUAUAUCUUCAAGAAGUGUAGCCAUUGCAGUCGUGUGUUCGUGCAUUCGACUGUUUUGCUCUGUGUCGUUGCAUCUCUGCGUGAAUCCUAACAUCACCACGGAAACCCUUCAUCACAGUGGCCGUCGAGUGUGUCCACGUACCACUGGCUUUGGCCCUGCUGCUUGUCACAGCGCAUGAGAUGCGAAGAACAGGAAGCUGCUAUUUAUCCACCACGAUCUGAUUACUUAUCUAUGAUUUGUAGAAGUGAGCUCACUUCACCUCUGCCUUCUACAUUUGAAAAACCGAUCAUGCGCACUACAGUCUUGGUGCCGCAUAGAGCUGAUGUCUCACCUUUCAGAGCAGGUUCUGUGGCCGGUGCCUGUCAGUAUAGUGUCUACUGUCAUCUCCUAGCUACUGGUGCACGAAUGACGUUCUCCCUUCUGUGUAUAUUUGUAUGUAGGAUCAUGUAUUAUGUACACUAAGCUCUUUGUUCAAAAUGCAUUCUUAAGUAUUUGCUUUUCAAGUAUGACAUCACAGAAUGCACAAGAAAUUCCCAGAAUUCUAGCACGUUAGAGCAGCAAAAAAAAAAAAGCUUCCUCUUUCACAGAACAGAUGAAUAUGAUUAUUGUGCAGACUGGUUGUUGGCCCUGAAGUAUAUCUUUCUGUAAACAUUAAUGACAGCUGCAUGGCUGUUGCUAUACUUGUCAUCUCCAGCUUUCAGAUGCAGAGAGGGCUACAACCUUGCAGAAGUGUUCCUUGUCUAUGUAAAGCAGUCGUGUUUGGAAUGUCCCCACAAAAGACUAUCAGCGACUCCUGUCCACUCCUCAGAAGCGCUUAUGCAAUACCCUACUCUGUUGUCAUGGCAGCACGCUCCUCACCACAAUAUUUGAAUCUGAGGUGGGACUGUGCCCCAUUCUGAAAGCUGUGCGAAUCUAAGACGACGGGCUGGUUUGUAUCCUGGCAAAUGGGGAACCGUGCUCUGCUUAUAAUCCAUAACCUCUGGCGCUUGCUGUCUGCCAAAACAGAUUUGCCAAACGGUGACUUCGGUGAAAAUAAUGGUUUGCUACAGCCACUGCCUGUCUACAGCCUGGAGCCCUGCUUCUAUUCAGUCUUUUUCCACAACACUACUCUUCGUAGAUGAGAUCAAUAUUGUCCACGUUCCCAGAGACGUUCAGUAUGUUGUGUUUCGGUAGUCCUGGCUGUUCAGUGUUAAUCCCCUCCAUCCAUGGUGACGUGCUGCUGGCUGACAGGACCAGUGUUGAAAACAGCCUCUGUUUAUGAAUCUUUUGGAUCGUCGCAAAUAUCCUUAAGCAGGAUGGGAAUAAUUGUUAAAUCAGUUAUUACACUGAGAUUAUCUUUAAUACGUCACUAAUUUUUUUCUAGGGCUCUUUAGGACCUGUCCUAGCCUACGAUUCGCUCUUAUGGUACGUCUGCGGUAUGUUCUCAAUACACACCUAUUCAAAAAUUUGUCCCAGUUUUGGUAACUUUAAUUUAUUAAAUAGAAAUAAAGAUUUGUUGCUUUUGCUGA